AUGGCUGACCCUCUGCGCAGGACGCUCUCCAAGCUGCGGAGCAGACGGUCGCAGCGAGGGGCCGCCGGCGCGGGGGAAGCGGCUGGCGGCAAAGCCCACAAGAGCCUGCGGCCCCCGGGGGACGGGGCGCCGCGAGCUCUCCUCGGGGGCCGAGCGGGCUGCUACCGGGCCCUCGUGGCCCCCUCGGAAGAGCCGAGGCCGUCGGAGCCGGGCGGGGGGCCCCGGCCUGGGGAAGGGGCGCCGGGAGCCGCGGUCGCCUGCCCUUGCCCCGCUGCCUCCCGCCGGGAAGGGACGGCGCCGCCGCCGCCAGGCCCCCCGGGGCUCCACGCGCCUCCGACGACGGAACCCUGCUUCCCCGCCGCCGAUCCCCCGGGGGGCGCGGACCCCGGCUCUCCCCCGGAGAGGGGCGGCGGCGGCGAGGAGGAGGAGGAGGACUACUACGAUAACCAGAGCCUGCCUGGCUGGGGCUGCCAAGGAGCGUCUGGAGCGCAGGAAGAGGCGCGGGGGAAGAAGGACGGCGGCGGCGGUGGCCACGGAGCCCGGGCGCGGGAGAGCCCCGGCCGGCUGCGAAGCCAGCUGCAGGAGGCCUACGACCUCCUCAUCCACGCCAUGCACGACCUGCCCCCUCCGGCCAGCCCCCGCUCGCCUCCGCCCGCUGCCGGGGCCGUGGAGAGCGGCGGCGCGGCUCCCCCCCGCGGGGACGGCUGCCCGGGGCUGCUGCGGGCGGACGCUCCCGCCUGCCCGCAAACCUCCUCCGCCGCCGCCUGGCGCCGGGGCCUCAGCAAGAGCCUGGACAGCCUCCCGCCGGCCCGGCCCCUGCCCAGGAGCCGCAGCGACGGCGCGCUCCGCUCCCUCCCCCGGGAGCCGACGGCGCCCCGCGGCCACCCGCGGCCGGAGCCUGGCGCGUGGCGGGGAGCCGCAGCCGCCCGCCGGCCCUGCGAGGGCGGCCCCGACGGCCGGAGCGCUGCCCGGGGCGAGCCGUCGGCGGCGCGGCUCCUGCUCCCCGGGUUGCGCCCCGGGCCGUCGGGAAGCCCCGCGGUGGACGGUCGCGGCGCCUCCAAGCCGCCCGCGGUGACCGUGCGGAAGCUGCAGCAGUGGAUGCACAAAGGCCGCCUGCUCUCCCUGGGCGCCAAGGGCCGCGGCGCGGCAGCCGCGCCCCCCUCCCCUCCCUCCAAGGCCAGCGGGCUGCUUCUGGGCAGAGAAGAGGGGCCGGCUGCCCCUUCUCCCACCCGCGGGAGGGCCCCGGGCAGCACAGCUCCGGGGCCCCCUUCGGACCAAAGGAUUUGGCUGGCAGAUUUGAUUGAAAAUGUUUACAUACCUUCUGUGAGCAGAAGAGAUUUUAAGAACUUUAAAUCCAGUGAAAUGGCUGAGUGCACACCUCGAAUUGCUAGCAUCACGGUGUCUAAGAAACGAAAUUGGUUACAUCAGAGUUCUCCAAGAGCACCUAAUCUGGAGAAAGGAGAUUCUUAUAAGAAAAUUUCAGGAGAAACUCACCAGGUACUCAAAUCUCCCAGUCUUUUGCUUGAGCCCAAAAUGCCCCAGACCUUUCCCAAACCUCUAGGGUAUGAAAACCCUAACAGAAGAAAUGGUUCUGCACAUGCUGCUGUGAAUGGAGAAAGACCUUUGGCACUACGAAACUGUACUUUAGAAUUUGGUGAAGAUAAUGAUGCAGAUGAUGAAGGAGAAAUAUGGUACAAUCCUAUCCCUGAAGAUGAUGAGCCUGACUUCCCUUGUUUUGUUCAUAAUAAUGCUGACCGUUCAGACUCCCAAGCCAUGAAUUGCAAGAUAUCCUCUGCAAAUGACAUGAUUAAUGUUGCAGUGCAUAAUGAAGGUGUUCCACAGUCUUUCAACUGUACUGGAGAUACUCAGCCCAGGGAAAUUAGUCAAGUCGAUUGUGUACAUUCCAUGGAACAUUUGCAAGUACAGAAGCCAAAGCCUGCAUGCACUAUUCUGAGUGGGUUUGUAACAGAGGAUAGUUCUACAUUAAAAGGUUCUUCAGGAGGACCAGGAAUUUUGUCUGCAAGCAAAACUGAAAUGGGAGCAGCUGACUGUUCUCCUUCAAGUCCUAACUCUUCGAAAAAGGGUGGUUCAAUAAACUGGACAUUCCCUGAUAAAAUAAAAUCCCCAAGAACUGUGAGAAAACUUUCCAUUAAAAUGAAAAAGUUGCCAGAGCUCAGCAGGAAGCUAAGUGUCAAAGGAAAUCCAAGCCAUAAUAGCUCAGAUAAUACUUCCUUGCUUAAAAAUAAUUGUCAGGAUAUAGGCCAUGCAUCAUUGCCCUCUUCUGGGAACGUAACAGCAGCUGCUAGCAGGAAUGUUAUAAGCCGGUAUCACCUUGAUAGCAGUGUGUCCUCUCAGCACAACUACAAAAAGAAAAGCAAUGGGAGUUCUAAAUCUUCCAGCAAAGGAGGCUACCUCAGUGAUGGGGACUCCCCUGAGCUUAUAACAAAAUCAGGGAAACAUGCAGCUGAAAGCAGGGCUGGGAAAGGAAAGGAAGCGUUCCCAAAUAAUAAUGGUAGUAAAGCAGAAAUAGACAUCGAUGCGUUUAGACAUUACAGCUUUUCUGACCAGCCCAAAUGUUCCCAAUAUAUAUCUGGGCUCAUGAGCAUUCACUUCUAUGGAGCUGAGGAUUUGAAACCACCACGGAUGGACUCGAAAGAUGUCUUCUGCGCAAUUCAGGUAGAUUCAGUUAAUAAAGCAAGGACUGCCUUGCUCACAUGCAGAACAACCUUUUUGGACAUGGACCACACUUUCAACAUAGAAAUUGAAAAUGCCCAGCAUUUAAAACUAGUGGUCUUUAGCUGGGAGCCCAUGCCAAGGAAGAAUCGGGUCUGCUGCCAUGGGACAGUGGUUCUUCCUGCACUUUUUCGAGUGACAAAGACUCAUCAGUUGGCAGUAAAGCUGGAACCUAGAGGGCUUAUUUAUGUCAAGUUGACGCUUCUGGAACAGUGGGAGAACUCUCUUAACGGACUAGACGGAGAAAGAGAGCCGGUAAUAUUUGGUGUUGAUGUUCGGAAAGUUGUCGAGAAGGAAAAUGUAGGCUUGAUGGUGCCCCUCUUGAUGAAGAAAUGCAUUAUGGAGAUCGAAAAGAGAGGCUGCCAGGUUGUAGGCCUGUACCGUUUAUGUGGCUCAGCAGCUGUCAAGAAAGAGCUCCGAGAAGCAUUUGAAAAGGAUAGCAAAGCAGUUACUCUCUGUGAAACCCAGUACCCAGAUAUAAAUGUGAUAACAGGUGUCCUCAAGGAUUAUUUAAGAGAACUUCCUUCACCCUUGAUAACCAAACAACUCUAUGAAGCAGUAUUGGAUGCCAUGGUGAAAAGCCCAUUGAAAAUGACAGCAAAUGGAUGUGAUAACAACCCUAGUGAUUCUGAGCACACAGUGUCCCUCUUGGAUUGCCUUCCAGACAUUGAGAAGGCCACUCUAAGGAUGCUGUUGGACCAUCUGAAGCUGGUGGCUUCAUACCAUGAAGUGAACAGAAUGACAUGCCAGAACCUAGCUGUUUGUUUUGGGCCUGUAUUGUUGAGCCAGCGGCAAGAAACUGCCAACCAUAACAACAGAGUAUUCACUGAUUCUGAAGAGCUUGCUAGUGCCUUGGAUUUCAAAAAACAUAUAGAAGUUCUACACUACCUACUUCAGCUGUGGCCAGUGCAACGUUCAGCUGCCAAAGAGUCUGCAUUGCCUGAGCAGCAGGCCUUGGUGAACUAUCUGAGACCUAAGAAGCAACGACCUCAAAUGUUGAACUUGAACAGUACUGAAAUAACAGGGAUAUUGAGGUCCAGGCCAGCCAGACUGGAUAGUCCUUCAAGUAACCGCUAUGCUGGAGACUGGAGUGGUUGUGGGGAGAGCUACUUCGUAAACCCCAAAGAGGCUUUUAGUGAAGCAGACUAUGAUGAUGUCCCUUCAGAAGAUGCAGAAAGUGGUGACGAUAGCAGCAGAGCAGAUGGUUCGGAUAAGCUGAUUGAACAACCUAAUUGCGUGUCCAAAGAGCAUACAUUCCAGGCCUAUUUGGCAAUGCAAACAAUGGAUUCUUCAGUAAACCACAGAGUAAACCUCAAAGACCUGCAGGAAAGCAUUGAUACUCUGAUAGGAAACCUGGAACGGGAACUCAAUAAGAAUAAGCUCAAUAUCCGUUACUAAUAAUAAUCUUCUGCACGAUGCCUCUGGUUGGCAUCUCCUUUGCCCUGUUUC